AUGACGAUUGAAGAGAUAGAGAAAGAAUUAUAUUAUAAUAAGUCAUAUCAUGAAAUUACAAAUGAAAGUUUUAAAAUGAUUUGUCCUAAUGAAAUAAGUUAUAAAAACUUUGCAAUUAAAUAUUAUUGUAAGAAUCAAUUUAAAUAUAAUAUUAAAAUUGGUAAAAUUUGUCAAUUAAAUGAAGAGAAGUAUUAUAAUAAAUUAAUGGAAUAUAGUCUUCAAAAGAUGAUGCCUUAUCCAUAUCAUUUAAUUGAUAUUGGAUUUUUUAAUUCAAUAAACCAUUCUGAUAAACUUAACCCACCAAAAUAUUAUGCUCAAUUAAUUAAAAAAUUAUUAAAUGAAGGACUUCCAUUUGAUAGAUUACCAGCAUUUACUGCUCGUGAUGUUUUUAGGUUUCUUGGUGUUUCGAGGAAUCAAUUUACUGAAAUAGCAAAUAGAUAUAAGUCAGAAAAAAGAAAAGUUUGUUUUAUUUUAGUUUAA